AUUUUAUUGUUGUUUUAUAUAGAUUUGCAUUUCAUAACCAAAUGCAAUGUUUUGCCACAUUUUAGUUGAUUUUACAAUUAAAAUGUCAUAAAAGCAUUGCUCACAAUAUAAUCAAUACUUAAUAUUUAUAACUAAUAAAUCAAUUGAUAAAAGAGUGGUUCAAAUCAAAUGAAAGUGAUUUGUAUUGUGAAUGCAUUGAUGGGUCGCUUAUCAUAGCAUUCAUUGAUUGUCACAAUCCCUACAAUACUUGAAUUAUAUGAACAAAUAGUGUCUUGUAUUGCAUUUCAAGUUUUUUGUUGACAUUUUAUGUUGAGAUAUAAUGAGAAGAAUUUGACUCACAUUUGAUGAGACAAUUGACCCCAAACUUCAAGUAUUACUAAAACAAGAGAUUAAUUAAAAAAGAGGCCGUAGUUUGAGAUGAGAGUCGGUAUAAAAGUAUUGUUAGUUUUGUUUGUUUUAAUAGCGUUUGUGUCGAUAAUCAUUGAACCAAAACAUAAUGGCUUUUAUUGUAACGACUCAUCCAUUAGACAGCCAUUCAAUGCACUUCAGAUCACUUUAGCUCAACUGCUGACCAUUGCAAUGAUAAUACCCGUCAUUGUUGUGAUUGUCAUCGAAAAUGUGGCUAAAAGUGUAUCCAAGACUCAAAUCAAGACAAUUAUUUACCAGAAUAUAAAUGCAUUCAUUUUCGGACUCUUUGCCAACUUUUUGGCCGUAAUGCUGGCGAAGAACCUCUUCGGUCGCCUCAGACCGCAUGCCAUCCACUUCUGCAAUGCCGACCAUUACUGUCCAGACGGUGUAAACGACAAAUACAUAGAAUCGUUUGAAUGCGUGAACAAAGAGUACCAUGGUCACUUCCUCAAGAAUGUGAGACACAGUUUCUAUUCAGGCCACGCAUCCAUUGCCACCUAUUCCGGCAUUUUUCUCAUUCUGUAUCUCAACUCCAGACUUAAGCCUCAGAUUAAACCAAUUAAAUACGUUUUGUUGGCCUUAUUUGCCGCGAUUGCCAUCACAUCCCUAUAUCCCGGUUACACUCAAUGGCACAACUCGUGGCACUUCAUGAGCGAUGUCUUAACCGGUUAUACAAUCGGUUUGAUAUCCGCUUCACUUGUGUUUAAAUUCUUGGUUUACGUUGAAAACAGCGAACAAUUGAACCCCUCAUACAUUCCGCUCAACAAACUCUUGUCCACCACUUCUGGUCAAUAGUUUUGAAACACUAUUUGAAUAUAUCUUUUAAACGAAUUAUUAUUGUUUGGAAAUUAUUAUUGUUUUUUAAUAUUAUUCUUAAGACAAGAAUUUUACGCAAAAUAUAUUUACAAUUAUUUUUGAGUCAC